CUAACGGAUGCGGAUGGAUUUACUGCAAAUUGCGAUUUGAGGUUUGAGUUUUGAGUCUUUGAUUGAGGUUGAUUGUUGAAAUGAAAUGUAAUGUCAGUGUGGUUUAUUUAUUUCAAAUUCUUUUUAAUCCUUUACCUUAAAAUUGAUUGGUAUUGGAAAUGCUCAGUGAUAAUAUUCCGGACAAUAUAAUUAUUGUAUGAGCAUGUGUUUGAUUGUAUCAGUGCAAUAGUAGGUUGUAAUAUUAUUAUGAUAAUUAAAUGUUAAAAUUGGUAAUGCUUGCAUAACAUGAUCGUGAUCCCCGGCUACUUAGGUUUGUCGUUUUCACGUAAAUAUGAAUAGUUUGUAUGCAAAGUUUUUGUUAAAUACGUGUAUGAAAUUAGAUCUGAACAUUAAACAUAAACUAUUGUGGAGUAACCUUCAUCUAAAUCAUAGUAAAUCUGCCGAUCAGCAACGAAACUUUAGGACUACAUGCUAUCGCUAUUUUAACGCAACUGACACCGAAUAUGCACUUAAAGAUGGUAUAACAGUCAUCCCUUCGCCGCAAGAAGUCACACUUAUACUGCGGAAAAAUGAAUUUAAUAAAGAAUUCACACAAGGUUCAAUUAAGUCAUAUGACUCUAACCAGCUUGCUUCAAAUGACCCUAUUGAAGAUACCAGAGCUGAAGGAGUCUGCACAUUGUCAUCAGGGAUGCUCUUAGGUAUAUUUGAUGGGCAUGGUGGGCCACAAUGCGCCCAGGUGUUGUCGAAGCGACUGUUAAAUUACAUAGCAGCUACCCUCCUACCAGCGGAUGUCCUUAUCAAGUUUCGAGAUGGUGACAUGCCACCAGAGAAGUUAGUGGAAACUUUUAAUGAUAAGAUGAAAAUGGUGGAAGAUUUAAAGAAUAUACAUCAUUAUAGUUUCAAACAAUAUUUGUCGGAUCUUGUAGCUGAACCUAAGGCAAGAACUGUUCAGGCUUCAUUAGAAAAAGCAAUAAUGAGAUUGGAUAGUGAUUUGUCGAAAGAAGUAGUUGAUGCUUACAAAUUGAAUGGUGAAGUGAAUUACAAAAGCCUAUCCGUUGCCCUAUCUGGGGCAGUGGCGUGUGUCGCACAUAUCGAUGGUCCACAUCUCUACGUAGCUAAUGUGGGGGACUGUAAUGCCGUGCUGGGCACUAUGACAGACGAAAAUGAAUGGAUAGCCAAAAAGAUAACCAAAGAGCACAAUGCAGAAAACUUUGAUGAACUAAAACGAAUUUGGAAUGAACAUCCUGAUAGUGAAAGAAAGACUGUGAUAAGAAGGGACAGGUUGCUCGGCGAGUUAGCACCUCUCCGUAGCAUAGGUGACUACAGAUACAAGUGGCCGGCUGAAGUUCUCAAAAAAUUUGCCACGCCAUACAUGGGGCCCAGAGCGGUACCUGCCAACUAUUACACUCCGCCGUAUCUUACAGCAAAGCCUGAUAUUUACUACCAUCGGCUGACACCUAAAGAUAACUUUUUAAUAAUUGCUUCAGACGGUCUUUGGGACAUGAUGACUCCUGUGCAAGCUGUCAAAUUGGUUGGCGAACACAUGAAAGGUAAAGUGUUUUUUAAUCCCUUGAAUUUGCCGAAGAAGAAUAUUCAACUAGGAGCUAUUGAUGAACUCUUGUCGCAUAGAAAAGAAAGUUUGAAAAGCAAACCCAAGGAUAAAAAUGCUGCGACACAUCUUAUCCGCCACGCCAUUGGUGGCACGGAGUAUGGAGUGGACCACUCGAGACUGGCGCACCUGCUCACGCUGUCCCCCGAUAUCUGUCGCACGUUCAGAGACGACAUGACGGUCACAGUCGCUUACUUUGAUCCAGAAUAUCUUAGACAAUGUCCAUCAUAACGUUGAAUCGAAUUUUUGUGCCUUCUGCGGUUGUAUUUUAUCGAGACGCCUCAUUAGCGUGACUUGUGGCCGUUACCACCAAUCUUCCGUAAACUGUCAUUUAACUAAGUUACUUAGCGUAACUCAGUAGCUCAACUAACCCCUUACUUGUACUAUUAAGUGUCUGUCACUUAUAGGUUGUUGAAAACGAAAAUGACGUUAAACAUCUCUUAUGUUACUUUAAGGUUCAUAAAAUUUAAGAGAGAUUGUUGAAAACGGCCAUUAGUGCUCUAGAACAAACAAAAAAGAUUGGUCAAUUUAGAAUGUUGGUGGUGUGGCUGUAGGAAAUACUUAGAUUUUUUCCUCGUUCUUCUCCAUACGAGUAUAAAAUUUGGAAUGAGCAGACAGAUGAUAUAAAGCAAUUAUUUUAUUAGGACUGUUUAAAAGUGUAUGUGUGUUUAUUGAAACAAAUGCUUCGAUUUUGAGGCCGUGAACCAACACAGUGAGUGCCUUCUUCACGCGCUAUUGUGGCGUCUCGGUGACAUGUUAACCAAAAUGCAAUGUUUUGCCUAUUUACACUAAAUCUAAGAUUAUUUUAGUAUCCAAAUUAUAUUUGUGUGUGUGUUUGUGUAUUUAUGAUCAGUACUUUAUGUUAUUAAUUAUAGUCGCUGGCGCCGUUAAAUUUAAGUAAUUUAUUGAAUUUUACAAUAAUAGUUUGUAUUUGAAGUAGUCAAUAUAAAUUGGUGCAUUUAUAUUAAACGGUAUGCUGUAUAUUUUAAAGUUUCAUGUAAACUUUAUAUGAAGUUGCUUCUAUGUUACUUAUCCACAGGUUGUUCCGAUUUGUCUACCAUCCAACAUACUUUGACUUAAUUAUACGUUUUUCAGCGAUUUUCUUUAUAAUUUGAUGUUCGGUGCGAAAAUAGUACUAGUGGUAUUAUGUAAUAUAAUUAUUAUAUUGUAGAAUUCACUUGAGGUUAUUAUUUAAAUUCAAUUGUAGGAUUUGCGCACACGAAGCUUUUCUUAUUUAUUACUGAUCAGUGGUUUUGUUUCAACAUUGGGGUUGGACGUAUUGUGUAGGCUCACUAUACCGGUAGUAAUAUUUGAGUAAUUAAGCGAUACACCGAAGAAGAUAUAGGUAACAGAAUUACAGGGCUGAGAGCCCUGUAACAACAAACUAUAUUUUCGACGUAUGAAGGAAUCUAAUAUGAGGCUAGAUUCAUAAUUUGAUUAAAAUAUUUUAUACAAUAAUGACUAUAUGGUUAUCAGCACAUGCUACGAUUGAAUAUUUUGCUAGUAGAAUUGAGAAAUAAAGAAACUAGUUGAAAAUCCUUUAUCGUCGAAUUUAUUCAGAAACGCAACAAAAUUACCGAUCCGUUGCCAAAAGUAGAGCGAUUCGCACCCUAGAUGAAAAGUAAUAUAAAACAUCAGAACAUCUCACAAACAAUAUAUACGGGUCGUUUUGAACUUAUCUCAAUUACUUGUGGUUUAGUCGAAACUUAUGUAAAUACACAAUUAGGUACUUAUUAAAUUAGAAAUACUCAAUACAUGUGAUAAAUUAUCGCAGAUUAUAGAAGUAAUACAUUACAUGGCAAUAAAAUAGCAAUUUCUGAAUAUUCUAAAACACUUUAUUGUAAUGUAAUAAAUAAUUGGAAGUAUGUAUUACUUUCUGAUGAUAAUAUUAAAUUGGAGCGAGUUGAAUAUAGUUAAAAUGGCUUACCUUUUGUACCUAUAUUCUAAAUUAGAGACGUACAGGCUGUUUGGAGGGUUGAGACAAAGCCUAAAGGCCGCACCCUUUUUUAUGAAAUUAAAUAGGUAAUGAACCAACAUUGUUUAAUCUUCCAAACACCUUGUAUUACUAAGUACUUAAAUAUGGAAAUGUCAUUUAUAUCAAUAAUUCCUAAGAAUAGGGAAUUUAUUUGAUAAGUAGAAAGUCCGCGAGACGGAUCAUGAAAAUGUGACUGCCAUGCUAUUUUACUAAGAUUUUCCUUAAGAUUUAGGUGACAAGUAUGAUUAAAAAUGGCCAUAGAAAUAAAAUGGGGUUGUAAGGGGAAAAUAUUGUUGGCUUCACUAUUUUCCAGUUUUACCACCGAUUUCCCUACGUAAUUAUUGCUUUGUUAGUGGCUUACAAGUCUAGUCUGCCUUAUUUGUUAGUUUAUUAUGUUUUCCUUAACUGUCCAUUAUAGGUAUUAUAGUCGUUUUGUGAUCUCUUGGAUUUUAAAAUCUAGUAUAUAUUAGCCUGUAAAGUCGUAAUGUAACAUUAUCAAAAGUUUUGGGGCCGAUUUAGUUCGAACUACCAUUGAUUUAGUCUAGGUUCGAUCCAAAUCAUCCAUCAACCUGGGUGGUGAUAAUGUCAAUAUUUUACAAUAUAAUAGUUACUUGGCUUGGAUUGCUUCGUUGGCUGAGUGGUCGCAAGUGCCACUGCCGGACAAGGGUCUCAGGUUCCAUUCCCUGGUCGGACAAAGUAUUAAUGGGUUUUUUAAAUCAAUCUCAGUAGUAGCACGGAGUUCCCCUAUUACAUGGGACUCAU